GCUGCUGUUACAGAACGCAGAGGAAAUCGAACCGCUUAAGUGGUUGUGCUGAGACAUGAGACGGGCUGUAAGCUGUUGCAGGCUGCACUGCCUUCCCAGUGUCGUGACUGGCUUUGAAAGCUGGAUUCAAAGCCGUGAAAAGCCUAGUGUUAUCAUAGCAGCACUGAAUGAAUGGAUGAGAUGAUGGAGUUGGCUGAAUAGAAAGGAGGCAUGUCUGACAAUUAGAACUGUGAACCAGAGCCCUCCAGAACCCGCCCGUCCCUGAGAGCAUUCAGACAGACCCUGGGCAUGGAAGAGGAGAUGGUUUGUGUUACGCAGUGGCCGUUUAACUGGAGACCCAGAUGUCUUGGAAUAUUACAAAAAUGAUCACGCCAAGAAGCCUAUCCGUAUUAUUGAUUUAAAUUUAUGUCAGCAAGUUGAUGCUGGAUUGACAUUUAACAAAAAAGAGUUUGAAAACAGCUACAUUUUUGAUAUCAACACCAUUGACCGGAUUUUCUACUUGGUAGCCGACAGCGAGGAGGAAAUGAAUAAGUGGGUUCGUUGUAUUUGUGACAUCUGUGGGUUUAAUCCUACAGAAGAAGAUCCUGUGAAGCCACCUGGCAGCUCCUUACAGGCACCAGCUGAUUUACCAUUGGCCAUAAGUGCAGCACCACCGUCCUCCCAGGGGGAUGCCUCCUCUGCUGCUGCGCCGCCUCCCUAUCAGCUCAUCAGCCUUCCACCACACCUGGAAACCCUUGGCAUCCAGGAGGAUCCUCAAGACUACCUCUUGCUAAUCAACUGUCAAAGCAAGAAGCCUGAACCCAGCAGCCAAGGGUCAUCUUUUGUUUCUGAAGAAGGAGAGGAAUACCUACUGCUAGAAGAUUUUGAAAGCAAAACGAUUCCAUUGCAAACGCAUGCUGAUUCUGCAAAAUCCACCUCUUCGGAAACCGACUGCAAUGAUAACGUGCCUUCUCAUAAAAACCCCGCUUCCUCCCAGAGCAAACAUGGAGUGAACGGCUUUUUCCAGCAGCACAUGAUGUACGACUCUCCACCGUCUCGCGCUGCAUCCCUCUCUGUAGACUCCAGCCUUUAUAACCUGCCCCGCAGUUACUCCCACGACGUUUUACCAAAGGUGUCUCCAUCGAGUACCGAAGCAGACGGAGAACUGUAUGUUUUUAACACCCCGUCUGGGACCUCGACCGUGGAGCCUCAAAUGAGGCAUGUAUCUAUUAGUUAUGACAUUCCUCCAACACCUGGUAAUACUUACCAGAUUCCACGAACAUUUCCAGAAGGCGCCUUGGGGCAGACGUCAAAGCUAGACACUAUUCCAGAUAUUCCUCCGCCUCGGCCACCGAAACCGCAUCCGGCUCAUGACCGAUCUCCUGUGGACACGUGUAGCAUCACACGCACGGCCUCAGACACUGAUAGCAGUUACUGUAUCCCAACAGCCGGCCUGCCGCCCUCACGUAGCAAUACCAUUUCCACUGUGGAUCUGAACAAAUUGCGAAAAGAUGCUAGUUCUCAAGACUGCUAUGAUAUUCCACGAACAUUUCCAAGUGAUAGAUCUAGUUCCCUCGAAGGCUUCCACAACCAUUUUAAAAUCAAAAGCAUAUUGACAGUGGGAAGUGUAUCAAGUGAAGAACUGGAUGAAAAUUACGUGCCCAUGAAUCCCAACUCUCCACCACGACAACAUUCCAGCAGUUUUACAGAACCAAUUCAGGAAGCAAAUUAUGUUCCAAUGACUCCAGGGACAUUUGACUUUUCUUCAUUUGGAAUGCAAGUGCCUCCUCCGGCUCAUAUGGGCUUCAGGUCCAGCCCCAAGACCCCUCCCAGAAGGCCAGUUCCUGUUGCAGACUGUGAACCACCCCCCGUGGAUCGGAACCUCAAACCAGACCGAAAAGGUCAAAGUCCUAAAAUUUUAAGACCCAAACCCCAUGGUUUAGAGCGAACUGAUUCACAAACCAUAGGUGACUUUGCUACAAGAAGAAAGGUCAAGCCAGCACCUUUAGAAAUAAAACCUUUGCCAGAAUGGGAAGAAUUACAAGCCCCAGUUAGAUCUCCCAUCACUAGGAGUUUUGCUCGAGACUCCUCCAGGUUUCCGCUGUCUCCCCGGCCGGACUCCGUGCACAGCACAACUUCCAGCAGCGACUCGCACGACAGUGAGGAGAAUUACGUCCCCAUGAACCCCAACCUGUCCAGUGAGGACUCCAAUCUUUUUGGCAGUAAUAGUCUUGAUGGAGGAAACAGCCCAAUGAUCAAGCCCAAAGGAGACAAACAAGUGGAAUACCUAGAUCUAGAUUUAGAUUCUGGGAAAUCCACACCACCACGUAAGCAAAAGAGCAGUGGCUCAGGCAGCAGUGUAGCAGACGAGAGAGUGGACUAUGUGGUGGUUGACCAACAGAAGACCCUCGCUCUGAAAAGCACCCGGGAAGCCUGGACCGAUGGGCGGCAAUCCACAGAGUCUGAAACACCAGCCAAGAAUGUGAAAUGAAAAGACUGCUUUGAUGUGUCUGAACAAAAGAGGACUGAACUGUAAAGAGAAUUCCUGCUUGACCCGAGAUAACUUGACCCUUCUACUCUAGGUAGAUCCUCAACUAAGUAGAGUCAAAGUCGGAGGACCUUUCAGGCUUAAUCAAGCUGUCAAGACUGUAAAUGGUGCUUUGUGGUAUCUGAACAAUUCAUCACAUGUAAAUAAUGUGGGAAAAUACUAUUGUUUGGCUCCCAGAGAAACAUUUGUUCUGUAGUUAACACACUUGUAGUAUUACUGUAUUUAUGCACUUUUCAUUUGAAGCAUUGGUUUGGGUAUUCCCAAGUGGACCUUAACAUGAUUCUGUUGGGAGUUCUUGUUUUUUCUCACACUACUCUUAAGAGCGAUGCUGAGUAAACUAAGCUACUUUCCCAUUGAGAAAUUGCUCUUUCACCUGCAGGAUAACAACAUGGCCCGAGAAGUACCUUCACAAUCUGCCAUUCUACCUGAAACUUCGUGGGGUAAUCGUUAGCUUAAAAUACAAAGUAGAGUUGAACUCAUCAUUCAAUGCCUUUCAAAGUGCUGAAUGAACAUCGUGUCCAUACUGGUGUCAGGACUUAGUUCUCUGGUUCAUGGACAUUUAGUUUUCAGCGGUGGAACCUUGUUAUAUUUUGUUAAUUACAGUGUUUUUGGUUCACUGAGUGAAGAUUCUGCCAGGUGGGCUCUUACACCUUGGAAAGAGUGAAUAAUGACACUAACAAGUAAGUGUACAAAUCACUCAUGGCAUGUGGUAAGGAUGUGCUUUCACACUUGUUACCAUGUAUUAAAAUUUGCAAAGUGUAGAUUAUACAGCUAAUCAGGUACGUACCAGGCACUGAUGUGCUAAUACACUGAUCAGGUUUAUGCAACAAGCUUUAGUUGUGUUCUUGUUAAUCCUCUAACGUUGUUGGUUUCCAGUUUGGAAUUAAUGACACAGUUGAUAUUCACUGUUAGUUAUAGCAACAUACUGUGACUUUUAAUUAGACAGUCAUGCAGAUUUAUUGCUCUAAGAAUGAAAUUCUGUCUUUUGACACCAUAGUGCCCUUUCUAUGGUUUUUUUUAAAACUUAAUAUUCUUCUUGGCCUUAUCCUAUUUAAAUCCCUAUGCAAUUAAUGUUUUAUAUCUGCAUUGUUUUUUUUUAAAUAGAUGUUAUAUAAGUGAUUCUCAUAUGUAGCACCUAUAUUGCUUUUCCAGUAAAAAAAAACAUUAACGAUUUUGUACUGUGAUUUAUAUUCACCGUCCCAAUUCAAGAAAUAGUGGAGCCUUGCUAUAAUGUGAAAUCUUAUAGCCAUGGACUUCUUCCAACUAGAUUUCUGAAACCACCAGAGGUAUCAUAUAAUUCUAUCUCACCUAUAACAUGGUCCUGUGACAUGGAAAUCAAGACCCUACAUUAUAUAUAGUGAGGCUAUAAUUUAUCUGUCUUGGCUUUGCAAUGUAAUUUAGAAAGCAGAUAUACUUGUUGGUUUGAUUGGGUUUUAAAUACGUUACAUACAAUCUCUUAUGUACUGAUUUGAGACUUACUAACAGUUUUUGGAGGGGGCAUAGAGAUCGGAGAGCCUACAGCUGAGUCACGUUCCCCCACCCCACUUCGGACCUCUACCUGUUGCCUGAGAACACAGAUGUGCCCUGAUUUCUGGCCUCUUGGCCACUGUAUGGUGCCUGACUUAUGUAAUGAGUUUAUGUCCCCUCCAUGAACUAAAAAAACAUUCAUAACAAGAUGAAUUGUAGACGAAUAACAUUUGAUGCUUUUAAAUGUUUGCUUCUUUUUAAACAGAAACUAAACCCAGAACUGAAUUUUGAGGUGGGUUUUUAAAUAAAAAAGAUUGUUUGAGUUUGGUGUGUGCAAGCUGUUUUAUAAUGAAACCACAAAAUAAAGUAAAAAAUCAUUGAAAUGUUCAACUAUCAAAACACACAACACAGUUUUUAGUGUGAGGAUACUUACUUGUGUUGCAUGGAGGAUAAACAUGUUUUGAGAUUUAGAACAUAACAAUAGAUAUGUGACUAAUUCAAAGUUAGAAAUAUUGUUUUAAAAGUGACCUAUCAGAAAAGCCUAAGGCAAUUAUGAAUUUUUUAGUGGAAUUCCUCAAUAUUUUACAAGUUAUCAUUUUUGAAGACCUGCAACACUAAUUUGUAGAAAUUUUCCCAUUAGGCUGAGUAAUUUAAGAAUUGAAAUGUAUUAGGCAGUAUGUUAAAGUAAAUCGCAUUAAAUACUGGAUUAACAAAUUAAAUGGAAAGACAGUCUCUUACAGAACAGUAUCUCCCAAACAUUUUUUAGCACUAGAAUCUUUUUUAAGUAAACUUUGUAUAAGCCCAAUACAUAAAGCCUGAAAAGUCCGUUUAAUCAGUGUAAUCAUAUCUUGAGUCCACAUGUAUGUCUGCUUGUCUUAGUCCAUUACUAAGAAUCUAACAUUGAUCUCUAAGUAACACAAAUGUGAAGUUGAGAUAGUUGGUGAAGCCUCAGCUGCCAGUCUGUUUCUUUGCCUUAUUAUUUAAGUACUAUCAAGAGAAUUUUGAUUCAUGCAAACGUAAGUAAGUAAAAUAAUAGGGUUUAAACACACAUUACAGGAGAUUCUUUAACUAGAGAUAGUUAUAGUCGUAUUCCCAGUUUAUCCAAAAUAAAUUAUCCUGGUAGUAGAAAUUUAUACAUAAGCGGUCUCCAGUGUGGUAGAAUUUUUACUAAGUUUUUAAACUAUGCACU